UUUAGCUGUUUAGGAAUAAUAGAAAUGAAGAUGAUUCUAAAUCAGAACAUUACAGCACUUAAUAAAAGAAGAGCAAGGCCAGGCUACUUUAGCCAAGAAGCUGUUGAAGUCAUGAAAGAGUGGCUAGAAUACAAUUUGGCACACCCAUAUGUUAACUCGACUGAUAUCAAGAGUCUAACAGCUAAAACUGGCUUAACAAAGAAACAGAUCAUGGCGCAGACUUACAAUUGUUAGAGAUGCAAAAGGGCGCCCUCAGUUAGUUCCAAUGAAGAAUGCAGAGAAGAAAAGACAGCAGAAUAAGCCAGGAGUUAGGAAGCCUAUUAUUUUAUCAAAAGACAACAAUGAUGCUCAGAAUGUUGGACUUGUUCCGUAUUGAGGCACCACUAGAGAAAGUUCUAGCAUAGAGGUGUCUUCGAAUGGAUAUUAUAAACCAGAUUCUAACUUAUCUGAAUUAUCUUCGGGACUCAUCACUAUGUGUAAUAGUCAUAUCCCUGAAUCUUUCCCAAAUAUUGAUAGUUUGGAAGACGCUGCUGAAAAUUUAAAGUUAAAUAUCUCGGAUUAUUGAACAUCUUGGAUGAAUUGGGCAGAUUAUUCUCAAUUCUGUCUGUGAGAUUCAUCAGCUCCACCAAAACAUGUAUAAACCUUGCAU